CGCUCGGCUGUCUCCUCCUACGACAUGCACGAAAGUUGGCCACUUAAACUACUUCCAACCAGACAGCAGACAUUAUACUGAACCCAAACUACACCUAGGGAAAAGAAUAACAGUACAUUUGUUUUGCCCAGCUCACAUACACAACUUCAAGUGCAAGUUGCUCUAUUUUGUUGAUUUUUAUUUUAUUUGUAGCGGCUCCUUUAUUUUCUUUGCAUUUUGUUCGUCGCACCAGAGGAGAGCAUCACUUUUGUUUUUCCCCGGUGGAAGAAGGGCUUCUCCGCCUGGGAUUGGGAUUUGACAGACUCGUUAUCUUCUUGAGCAUUUUGAAGACAUUUUUUUUAUAUUGGACUUUGUAAGAGUCGCAAGUUCGAGUCCGUGUUUGUUGUUUUUUUUUUGUCUCAGUAGCUAAAUGAUGGCUACGUUACCAGGAACAGUGCCUCGGAUGGUGCGCCCUGCGCCAGGCCAGAACUACCCCCGAACCGGCUUCCCUCUGGAAGUGUCCACCCCUCUGGGCCAGGGUAGGGUGAACCAGCUUGGCGGUGUGUUCAUCAACGGGAGGCCCCUGCCAAAUCACAUCCGACACAAGAUAGUGGAGAUGGCCCACCACGGCAUCCGACCCUGCGUAAUCUCGCGACAACUGCGAGUUUCACACGGUUGUGUGUCAAAAAUCCUCUGCCGAUACCAGGAGACCGGCUCGAUCCGUCCGGGUGCCAUAGGAGGCAGCAAACCCAGGCAGGUGGCAACUCCUGACGUGGAGAAACGGAUCGAGGAGUACAAGAGAGAAAACCCGGGUAUGUUCAGCUGGGAGAUCCGGGAUAAGCUGCUGAAGGACGGGGUGUGCGACAGAAGCACAGUUCCUUCAGGUGAGGCUUCAUCUGUGAGCUCCAUCAGCCGCGUUUUGAGGGCCCGAUUUGGCAAAAAAGAUGACGAGGAUGACUGUGAUAAGAAGGAUGAAGAUGGAGAAAAGAAAACAAAGCAUAGCAUCGAUGGCAUCCUCGGUGAUAAAUGUAACCGCACAGACGAUGGUUCAGAUAUAGAUUCGGAGCCCGACUUGCCCCUGAAAAGGAAGCAGAGACGCAGUCGCACCACCUUCACCGCUGAGCAGCUGGAGGAGCUGGAGAAGGCCUUUGAAAGGACACAUUACCCAGACAUCUACACCAGAGAGGAGCUGGCUCAGAGGACAAAACUUACAGAAGCGAGAGUACAGGUGUGGUUUAGCAACAGGCGAGCUCGGUGGCGUAAACAGGCCGGUGCCAAUCAGCUAGCUGCCUUCAACCACCUGCUUCCUGGAGGUUUCCCACCCACAGGGAUGCCAACUUUACCCACAUACCAGCUACCAGAUUCCGGUUACCCCAGUACCACGCUAUCGCAGGAGGGCAGCACAUUGCACAGACCCCAACCCCUGCCUCCAUCCUCCAUGCACCAGGGAGGUCUGAGUGCUGACACCAGCUCCGCUUAUGGUCUCUCAUCCAAUCGCCACAGCUUCUCCAGCUACUCCGAUACUUUCAUGAGCCCCUCAGCAUCCAGCAACCACAUGAACCCUGUCGGCAACGGGCUCUCCCCACAGGUGAUGAGUAUCCUGAGCAACCCCAGCGCUGUACCCUCCCAGCCCCAGCACGACUUUUCCAUUUCCCCCCUGCACGGCAGCCUGGAGAGCUCCAACCCCAUCUCAGCCAGCUGCAGCCAGCGCUCUGACACCAUCAAGAGUGUGGACAGCCUGGCUUCUUCCCAGUCAUACUGCCCCCCCACUUACAGCGCCACCAGCUACAGCGUGGACCCCGUCACUGCAGGCUACCAGUACAGCCAGUACGGCCAGACUGCCGUAGACUACCUGGCUAAGAAUGUGAGCUUGUCCACCCAGAGGAGGAUGAAACUUGGAGACCACUCGGCCGUGCUGGGACUGCUGCAGGUGGAGACUGGACAGGCCUACUAAAGCCCCCCCCCCCUCGGAGACACGCCCUGCACCACCCUCCUCCUGCCCUCUGCCACCCUCCUCCAUGCUCCAUCAAGUCUGGACUCCAACUCCAGCUCGCCUCUCUGCUGCUCGCUCUGCAGCCUGACCAUGACAUUAGCACACAGCCUCACUGUGUACCAGAGAAAAGGACGCUUGCGGGUGUGACGAGGCUCUUCGGGGAAUGGAACUAAAGUUUUCACGCCACUGUCAACCACCAGGCGGCUCUGCAUCCUCUCUACUUAAUAUUUGGGCGUCUGCGCCUGCUCCUUGUAGUCCUACCCCAGCCCCAAACUCUGUUUUGUUUUGUUAAGAAGACCAGACAGCACCCCAGAACACCCGAGGAUAGUCGGCCGCCUUGGCCCGGGUUCCUUUUUGUCAUGGCUGCAGUCCAGCACACAUUUAGACCCAUCAACAACAUGUACUUUGACCUUGCUGUUCAUAGUAGUUAACAAAGCCAAUAUCAUUUGAACGACUCUUAUUCUUGUUCCUUUUUGAUAUUGUUAAGAUUAUUGUUGCUGUUAUAUAAUUAUGGUUAAUGUGA